AUGGGAAAUAAAUUCAAGUGGCCUAGAAAGAUUCAAAAGCCAGAAGCUCUAAAAGAUAUGACCAAAUGGUGUGAAUUUCAUACCGAUCACGGACACACCACAGCUGAAUGUAUAGCACUCAAGUUUGAGGUUGCAGGAUUCCUUCGCCGAGGACAACUAUGCGAUUUCCUUUCUGAUAAAGGCAGAGAAACCAUAGCAGAAGGGGACAAAAGACAAGAAAAUCCAUCUGAACCCCCUCAAAAUGCAAGGACCGUAAAUGUGAUUUCAGGAGGAUUGGAAGUUAGUGGUAUUAUGUAUUCAGCAGCUAAACGUCAUGUACGUGAACCCGUUAACAACCAAGGAAAGCCUAGAAAGCCAGAGACAGUCGCUGGACAAACCAUCAGCUUUGUCAAUGACGAAGCCACGGAUUUGCUUCACCCUUAUCAUGAUGCUUUAGUCAUUUCAUUAUAUAUUGCAAAUUGUUCCAUUAAACGUGUAUUAAUCAAUAAUGGAAGUUCUGCUAACAUUUUAUUUCUCAAUGCUCUCAGGGACAUGAAAGUUGAUGAGUCAACAAUCAUCCGAAAAUCUACAGUCCUAAACGGGUUCAGUGGUGAGCAGAAGCACUCAAUUGGAGAAAACCUGCAUGUUUGGGCAGAAGGAGUAAAUCUCCAAACCAAGUUCAUUGUUGUUGAUUGCCCUUCUUCAUAUAAUGCCAUCCUUGGCCAACCAUGGAUCCAUGAGAUGAAAGUUGUGCCAUCCACAUAG